GGGUGCGGCCCAUCUCGGAUGGUCUCCGGAUCCAGGGAAGUGAGUUGCAGGAACAUCCGCUCCAGGGGAGGUUGCGGCCAUCAUUCACCAUGUGGAGUGGAGACUUGAGUCCCAGCAACUACUCCGAACCUCCUCAGCCUGGACGAGGGACCAACGGUGGCCCGGCCCCCUGCCUUGAGGAAGAGAAGCGAUGGUCGGCGGAGGACAAGGGGUAGAGGAUCAGAAUGAGUACCUGGGGAACCUCGAGGUGUGUGAGAACUGCCAGGUAUGGCGGUGCAGGCUGUCCCAUGCUUGCGGGCAUCCUGCCGGGAUAGCCUAGUGGCAGCUGGACCCCAGCCCACACCCUGCUUGUGAAGGUCUCUGCCUUUCCCCAGGAAACGGAGAAGAUGAUCAAGUUCCAGGAGCCAGUGUCCUUCAAGGAUGUGGCUGUGGUCUUCACCGAGGAGGAGCUGGGGCUGCUGGACUCCGCCCAGAGGAAGCUGUACCGAGAGGUGAUGCUGGAGAACUUCCGGAACCUGCUCUCAGUGGGGAAUCAGCCCUUCAAACCGGAGCUUAUAUUACAGCUGGAGAGAGAAGAAGAGCUUUUGAUGAUGGAGACAGAGACCCAGAGAGAUGGGUGUUCAGGAACCAAGAGUCAACAUAAUAUGGAAAGUAUUCAGGAAGUGGGAUUAAGCUGCCUUUCCCCCAAAGAGCUUUCCACCUGGCAGACCUGGCAACAAGGUGCAGGCAGGUUAACCGGGUGUCAAGAUUCCAUGAAAACUUCUCAAGAGAAUAUUUCUCAGCUGCAAAAGCAAGGCGAUUCCCCCUGCCAAGUUUGGGCAGGAAUACCGAUUCAGAUUUCUGAAGAUGAGAACUAUGUAUUGACUCAUAUAGGAGAUGGUUCCCAUGACCUAAAAGGUCAAGAAUUUCCCUCUUGGAGAGCCCAGCAUUCUUGGAGGAAAAUGUAUCUUACAGAGCCACGUAAUUAUCAGUGUAGAUGUCAGAAAAUUUCCAUGAAAAAUGAUUUCUGUAUGUCUGAAAGUAUCCGUUGGAUCUCACAUCACAAUGAUAAUCUGGGUGUACACAGAACAGAAAAAAACUAUAGCUGCCAUGACUGUGGAGAAGAUGUCAUGAAGGUCUCAUUGCUUAAUCAAGACUUAAUUCAGACAGGGCAAAAGCUCUACUCUGGUAAUGAGUACAGAAAAGCCUUCAACAAUGACUCCAGCUCUGAAGUUCUUCAGCAGUUACACUUGGAAGGAAAGCCCUGUGCAUACAGUCCAUGUGGAAAGGACUGUAGUUACAGUUCAGUUCUUCAUACUCAGCAAAGUGUUUGUAGAAGAGACAACUGUGUUUCUGAGAGUUCACAUCUGCAAUGCCAUCAGAAAGUACAUGCAGAGGAGGUGCCACUUAAAUAUGAAUACAGUGAGACUGUCAAUCAGUGUUCCUCUCAUAACACAUAUGAACUUACUCACACGGGAGAGGUGUCCAGCAGAUGCAACAUUUAUGAGAAGGGCUUCAGUCAUAGCUUAGACCUUAGUAGCAGUUUUAGGGUCCAUACUGAGCAGGAGCCCUAUGGAUUUGAGGAGAACAGGAAUGCCUUUAACCAGAAUUCUUGCCUUCGAGCCCAUCAGAAAAUCCAAACUGAAGAGAAACUCAACACAGAUGUGGAGUGUGAGAAGGGUUUCAUUUGUAACUCAGAUUGUAACAUUCAGCACAGAGUUCACAUGGAAGAGAUUCCCUAUAAUUCUGAGGUGUGUGGUAAUGGCUUCAGUCUGGCCUCACAUUUUCAAGACCUUCAGAUAGUCCACACUAGGGAACAACCAUAUAAACGUUAUACAUGUGGUAACAGCUUCAGCCAAAAUUCAUAUCUUCAAGGCCAUCAGAAAAUUCACAUUGGAGAGAAACCUUACAAGGAGUGUGGGAAUGGCUUCAGUUGGAAUUCAAAACCUAAAGAUCAUCAGAGAGUCCACACUGGAGAGAAGCCAUACAAAUGCAACGCAUGUGGUAAACUCUUCAGUCACAGAUCAGUUCUUAAUGUUCAUCAAAGGGUCCACACAGGAGAGAAACCUUUUAAAUGUGAGGAGUGUGAUAAGGGAUUCAGUCGGAGUUCAUACCUUCAGGCCCAUCAGAGAGUCCACACUGGAGAAAAACCAUACAAAUGUGAGGAGUGUGGGAAGGGAUUCAGUCGGAGUUCAUACCUUCAAGGCCAUCAGAGAGUUCAUACUGGAGAGAAACCAUACAAGUGUGAGGAGUGUGGGAAGGGAUUCAGUCGGAGUUCACACCUUCAAGGCCAUCAGAGAGUUCACACUGGAGAAAAACCAUUCAAGUGUGAGGAGUGUGGGAAGGGAUUCAGUUGGAGCUUUAAUCUUCAAAUUCAUCAGAGGGUUCACACAGGAGAGAAACCCUAUAAAUGUGGAGAAUGUGAUAAGGGCUUCAGUAAGGCCUCAACUCUUCUGGCACAUCAGAGAGUCCACACAGGAGAGAAGCCAUACCAAUGUGAUGAAUGUGGUAAGAGCUUCAGUCAGAGAUCGUACCUUCAAAGCCAUCAGAGUGUCCACACUGGCGAGAGACCAUAUAUAUGUGAGGUAUGUGGGAAGGGCUUCAGUCAGAGAGCAUAUCUUCAAGGUCAUCAGAGAGUCCACACCAGAGUGAAGCCAUACAAAUGUGAUAUGUGUGGGAAGGGCUUUAGUCAGAGCUCACGCCUUGAAGCACAUCAGAGGGUCCACACAGGAGGGAAACCAUACAAAUGUGAGGUGUGCACAAAGGGUUUCAGUGAAAGUUCACGCCUUCAAGCACAUCAGAGGGUCCACACGGAAGGGAGGCCCUAUAAAUGUGAACAGUGCGGUAAGGGUUUCAGUGGGUUUUCAAGUCUUCAAGCCCAUCACAGAGUCCACACUGGGGAAAAACCAUACAAAUGUGAGGUGUGUGGUAAGGGCUUCAGUCAGAGAUCAAACCUCCAGGCUCAUCAGAGAGUCCACACGGGAGAGAAACCAUACAAAUGCGAUGCAUGUGGUAAGGGUUUCCGUUGGAGCUCAGGUCUUCUAAUUCAUCAAAGAGUCCAUAGUGGUGAUACAUUCUAUAAAAGUGAAGAGUAUGGUAAGGUUUAUCUUUCUUCAGAGAAUCCAUACAAAAGUGAAAUUCUGUAAAACGGUAUUCUAUUGCGUUCUGAAGUCCUCAAAUGAGAGCUGAAAUUUUCCACUCACUCCAGUUCUUGAAGUAGAAAAAGUUUCUUUCAUGAAAAGGUAAUGUUUCUGCCCAACAUCAACAUUCACAGUAGGAGACCACACAGCAGAGACAUCUAAUGAGAGGGGUUCCACAUGGGAUUUUGUGAGAACUUUAACAUGUCAUUGCACGUUACUUUUUUUUUUUUUUUUCUUUUUUUUUUUUUUUUCUUUUUGCGGUAUGCGGGCCUCUCACUGUUGUGGCCUCUCCCGUUGCGGAGCACAGGCUCCGGAUGCGCAGGCCCAGCGGCCAUGGCUCAUGGGCCCAGCCGCUCCGCGGCAUGUGGGAUCCUCCCAGACCGGGGCACAAACCCGUAUCCCCUGCAUCGGCAGGCGGACUCUUAACCACUGCGCCACCAGGGAGGCCCAUUGCACGUUACUUUAACCAGUUGUUGCACUAGGGCUUAAAAAAGAUAUGAGUAUAGUCAGGAUUUUAACAGAAGCACAGUAAUGAGCAUGCCUAAAUGGAAUGUAAAUGGAAUGUAAAGUUAAUGAGAGAAGGGGCUUCAUGCAUUGUUAAGUCUCCAAAGCCACGACACUGCAUAACUCAAUAUUAGGUGCUCAGUACUUUUUGCUAAAUGACUAAAAGUGUGUAAAGGUAUCAUGUUUGAAAUUUUUAUUAAGCUAUUUUCCCCAAAAAGUCAUUUAAAAAUGUAUUUGGAGGAGGAAUACUGCAAGUAAUGUAAGCACUUCAAGUAAAUAUUAUUUGAAAUGUAUCAGCAAUAUUGCAAUCUGAAAUUACAUGAGUUUGGUUGUAGCCCUGUUGGGAUUGGUUCUCUCCCUUUGUCCCUCAUGUAAGCAGGGGUGAACUGAAUUUCUUACCAUUUGGUCUCUUUCUCUACAGUAUACUAUCCAUUUAAGUUUAGCUGUGAGUAUGUACACCUGUGUGCACUUUAAAGGACAGUACAAACUGAUAAAACAACGUUUCUGGUUAACUUUACAAAAAUGGAACACUGCAUUUCACAUAAUUGAAUUUUUACUCCUGCCCUGUGUGUUAGGACAGAGUUUUACUGUAAUAUUUGGAAAGUGGCAGAAAUUG